AUGAAAUGCGAACAGGAGUUACCGGAAUAUUACCAGCCGACGAAGAUGUGGGAUUUUAUGUACUGGCCCGGUGUGCCAACGCACGGCUCACCUAUGCCGGAUGUCCACAACAUAAACAUCCAAAAGCGUUCGGAGCGCACCGAGCGCAAGGCGCACCGGGAGCUUGAGAUGUUCUUCGCCACGCUCCCGGAUAGCGACAGCCUAGACGCCACAGCCAACAAGGGUGCUGCGCUCGUACACAAGCACAUGAGCAUACCCAUAGCCCUAUCGGUCCAAGCGCGCACGCUUCACCACGCCUUCCAGAGCAUUCUGAACAGGUCCAACCACCGUGCACGGCGGGGCAAGAAAUCCGUACCCAAAGAUGUUCUCGUUAAAGCACUCUACCAAAGCCUGGUGAAGACCGCUCCCGAGAAGAAGCAAAAGGGCAUGGAUAUCUUGGUCGGCGGCGCUAUCAUGAAAGCGGUGCGUGAGCGCGCCACAGCUGGAAAACAUGGUGCGGAGGAUAUCAAAUUGAUCCAUCACUUGUUCGACAAGGUCCAUGGGCCUAGGAAGGGGCAACACGUCGAAGACGUAUUCGCCAAGGUGGAGAAGAUCCUGGCAAAGGACAACGUACCUCUCGAUGGUGCAGGUGUGUCAGCAGCGGAAAAGAAGAGGUUGAUAAAGCUGCUGAGGGAAGAGCUUCAGGGAGACAACCCAACGCAAGACUGA